GUCCCGGACCGGCCGGUUUCUGUUGUGGUACUUCCAGGCUAAGGCCUCUCGGGGCCCCAAUGGAUUUUACUUAGAAUAGACGGCCGUACUCGGUCUUUCUUGACUCUCAAAGCUACUUGAGCCACUUGCAUCGAAAUGUCCUAUUCUACACCAUGUCCAGCUCUGUGUUGUUGCCGCCGCCCUCUGCGUCCUGGGCCUGGAGCUGCGUCUACACCCCGUUCCAUUCCGGGACCUCCGGAUCCUGCUUCGGCCUCCAGUUUUCAGGUUUUUAGACUGCACCAUUUUCACUUGGGCCUAGAAUUGCGGCCUGAGUCCAGAGAGCUGGCUGGAUGUUUGGUGUUGGAACUUAGUCCUCUAUUGCCUGGGAGUUCGACAUUGGUUCUGGACACCCACCCAGCCCUCAGGGUCAGUUCUGUCCGGUGCCGGAGAGGAGGGAGACAGGAGACUGACUCUGCUAAGCAUCCAUGUGCCCCCACUUACCAGUCAGGUACCCAGGUUGACCAGAAAUCUGCCACUGCUGAAACAAGUGCACAUCCUGUACUUACUGAUAACCUGGAGUCAGAGGAUGUCUUAGGGUCUCCUAAGUCACCCCAAAGCCCUAACCCUAAUGACUUAUGGUAUGUGACUUCUCCAACACCUGCUGCAAGUCCAAGGCACUCACCAGAGGAUACACCAGAGCCUCUUGACCUCUCAGUUUCAAGGCCACCUGUGCCUAGUCACUUGUCUAGCAUGCAAUCUGGUGAUUGUGAUCUCUCUAGAGACUCCUGUGUUUUUUCAGGAUGCCCAUGUCCCUCUGUUAAUGGACACCAACCUUCACUUUCCUCCUUCAAAAAUAUACGCCCAGCAUCCUUUAACCACAUGUCAACCCCACUUUCACCAUCUGUAGAUUUUUCCUCACACUCAUCUUCCUGCUAUUCAUUGUCACCAGAAUCAGUCAUAUCCCCAGGCCUGGAGGGCAGCUUCCUCGCAGCUGCCUCCCCAACAUACUUUCCUACCCCAGAUCUUCCUGGUUCAGAUCCUUUUUCCAGUAACUUCAGUCCUGCUUGUGGGUUACAUAGUGCCAUGAAUUCUGUGCCCUCCCAUUCUAUUUGCUGCUUCCCAUUGGACUUCAGGGUCGAUGAAUUCACUGAUUACGGCUCUGCUCUUAACAUCUUUGUGCCUCAGAAUUUACAGCCUGAUGAAACAUUCCAGGUUAUUGUGCAUUACAUCACUGGCGAGGGGCCCGCGUUAUGGUGGCUUGAUCCUGAACUCUCUUAUGGAAGCUCUCAGCUGUUUGUGUUCACUCAGGGACACUCUGUCUGCAACCGCUCGUUCUUCCCCUGUUUUGAUACACCAGCAGUUAAGUGUACUUAUUCAGCCUCAGUUAAGGCUCCUGCUGGGAUCCGGGUUCUGAUGAGCUGCACACACAGCUGUUUCAUGGAAGAUGUUGGCAUUCAUCACUUCUACAUGGAGCAUCCUGUACCAGCUUAUUUAGUAGCUUUAACUGCAGGUCAUCUACUUCCAGCUGAAAUUGGACCAAGGAGUCGGGUAUGGGCUGAGCCAUGUGUGCUGCCACUGGCUGUAGGAAAAUUGGCUGGCCGGGUGGAGCAAUGGUUGCAGGCUGCUGAGAGCCUGUAUGGGCCAUAUAUAUGGGGAAGAUACGACAUUGUCUUCUUGCCUCCAUCUUUCCCAAUUGUUGCCAUGGAGAAUCCAUGCCUGACGUUUGUCAUCUGUUCCAUACUGGAUAGCGAGGACUUUUUGCUUAUAGACGUAAUACAUGAAAUUGCACAUGGCUGGUUUGGGAAUGCUGUAACAAAUGCCAGUUGGGAGGAAAUGUGGCUGAGUGAAGGCUUGGCAACCUAUGCACAGCGCCGCAUCACCACCCAAGUAUAUGGUGCUGCUUUUACUUGCCUGGAGACUACUUUCCGACUUGAAGCUUUGCACCGACAGAUCAGGCUCCUGGGCCAGGAUACUCCUUUUAGCAAACUGCAAGCUAAACUGGAGCCAGGUGUGAACCCCAGUAACCUUAUGAACCUGUUCACAUAUGAGAAGGGCUUCUGUUUUGUGCACUAUCUGUCUCAGCUUUGUGGGGACUUGGACAACUUUGAUGCUUUCCUCAGGGAUUACAUUGAGAAGUUCAAGUUCCGCAGUGUUGUAGCUCAGGAUCUUCUGGAAUCUUACCUCUGUUUUUUCCCAAAGUUGCGUGGAGAAAACCAUGAAGCCAGGGAAGACCUAGAAUUUGACCGCUGGUUGAAUGCCCCGGGUCCUCCAAUGGCACAGCCAGACCUGUUUCAUGGUUCUGUAUUUACUGCUCCAGUGGAGGCGUUAAGUGAUCUCUGGAUGUCUGAACCAUUGGAUGUUGAAGUCGCUGUUUCUUUUGCUGAUAUCACGAACUGGCAGACCUUUCAGACUGUACUUUUCCUGGACCGGCUGCUAGAUAAGUCCCCACUGCGUCCUGAGGUGAUGAUGCAGCUAUCCCUAUGUUAUUCUGCUGAUUUGGCAACCAUGAAUACUGAGAUCCGAAUUCGCUGGUUACAGAUUGUGGUGCGAAAUAAUUACCAACCGGACUUGCCUCAGGUGCGACACUUCCUACUCUGCCAGACAUCUAGGAUGUAUACAAUCCCUUUGUACGAGGACCUGAGCUCUGGACCCUUGAAAACCUGCGCUCUUGAAAUCUUCUACCAGACACAUGGAAGGCUGCAUCCAAACUUGCGCAAAACUAUCCAGCAGAUCCUUGCUCAGGGAGGCUCUGUGGUGCAGCCAGACAAUGUCAUGCCCAUCCUGCCAAAUGAAGUCUGUUCACAGGGGGCCCCGUCUCUCAGGGAUGUGAAUGUGACAGCAUGACAAACAUAGUCCUGCUGGGCUAUAUCCACCAGCUGGAUUUUAUCAAACCAGACUGUGCCUUGUGCUGGCCCAGAGCUACAGUCUCUGUCUGGUGUUUUUUUGCACAGGGGAGGAGGAGCAAGAAAAAAGCACAUCUUGCUCAAAACCCUCAGAUGUGGGUGCUCUAAAACACCACCCUUCAAGCAUUCUAGACCUUUCUUGCAAGGUGUUGAAGGUGGGGAAAUAGGACUGUUGUAUUUAGUGUAUCUGCUAAAUGAAGCUGUGUUCAGGACUUCUCUAUAUUUUAUAAUCCUUUCACUCCCUGUGUUCAUCUGCAGUUCAGUAAGGCAGGCAAUGGCUCUUAUUGCAUGUGCACUGGUGUGUAUAUUUAUCCCUUGUUUGUCAAGGGCUUAAUUGCAUUGCUGUCUGGCAGCCUAAGGGUAAAAUUCUACCAAUUAUUUUUCAUUUUUACUUUAAGUGUACUUAAACCCAGCUUAACCACUUCUGUUUUUUUAAUUGUAUUUUGUUUUAAAGAACAAUUCUUAUUUCAGUUUGAAAUUUGUAUGGUAACCAUAUUGAUUUUCUCUCUAUUCAAUGGAAGGCAGACAAAUAUCCCAUCUACAGUACAUUUGAACUGUUCCUUUGUGUUGCAUUUUAGGAACUGGUAUGGAUAUUUUUUGUUGCUGAAUAAGAUGCUGCAGAUGCAAAAUCUCAAGUUAGUUUAAGAUGACCACUUACAGUUCGCAAACUGAUUAGAACGUGUUUUUUUUUUUUUCCUGUGUGUGUGUGUGUAUGUAUGUAUGUGUGUGUGUGUGUAUAUAUAUAUAUAUAUAUAUAUAUAUAUAUAUAUAUAUAUUAUUUUUUUAACCACUUGCACUAAGAGGGCUUUAACAGUGUGGCUCUCUCUGACAGUGGCCAGACCACGCUAUUUCUUGCUGCUGACUCUGAGGCCUGCACUUUUAAAGCCCUGGAAGAUCCUUGCGACAGGCAACAUACAGGGUACGCCUCUGUUGUUAAGGGUUAAAGUUUUACAGUUCUGAAGCCCUUGCCUUAAUUGUGAAGCCAAAGUUAUGUAUUCUGUCUCUAAAAUGUGCCAAACAUGCCCCAAUAUCUGUCUGCAUGCAUUUUUGCACCGAAUUUCUUGGGCUACUCUGUGGAAUACAGAUACUUUCAAUUCACAAUUUUGGUAAGUGCUUUGUAUGUGCCCACUGAUUUUUCUCCCUACUAAUUAUUUUUAUCCUAUACCUUUUUAAUUCUAGCCCUGCUGCAUUUUUUGAUGCUUCUGUUUGCUUUUGUCAGCACAGAAGCUGUUUGUUUUUUUACAUCCACUUCUUGCACACCACUGCACCUGUUCUUCCCCACCUUCAUCACUCUUGCAUUUUAUUUGCACACUUAGCAUCUCAUUGGGUUUACUUGGGUAAUGAGGUGUCUCUUCCGCACUAUAUGAUUGCAAACUCAAGCAAUAACUGAACUGUGGUUUAGCUUCAUGCUUUUUGUGCUUACCAAGAUAUUUGGCUACUAUAUGAGUACAGUUUCCUUCCUAGAAUUUGGAUCAGGAAGGCUAAGGGCUCAGCCCCUCACCCACAGGUUACUAUAUCCUGAAUAGAAAAUGUUGAACACUCAGCGCUUUUUUUUUUUUUUUUUUUUCUUUUUUUUUUUAAAGCUGUAACCUGGGGUGGAUGUAACUAUUUCAAUGGAACUUUUAUUUUAAAUUACAUUUUAACUUUACAGUGGAGAAAAAAAAUAAACAGAGUGUAGAAUUGG